AUGCGGCGGCAGACGAGCAUGCGCCGUUUGUCGAUGAUCCAACCCGAGCAGAAAGCAGGAGGAGGAGGAGGAGGAGGCCUCUACCGGAGGAACGUCAACACAAGGCAGGACAAGCGAACGUUUAGAUUACAGUCGUUCGAGUCCGUAACGGAGUACAUGCCGAUGGUGGACAACAUGGCGGCGGCUACGGCGUCGCUAUCUGACAAGCUGUACCUCGUCAUCGUUCACGCUAACUACGGCGUAGACACCUUCUUCGUCGUCGGCGGCAUGCAGGUGAUGUACUGGACGAUCAAGAAGCUGGAGAAUGGAGAGGGCCGCACCGUCAGUUUCUGGAUACACUACUACUUCGACAGAAUGGUUAGGAUCGUGCCGAUAUUUGGCUACUCAAUGCUGAUCUUCAGCUCUGUGAUCUCACGUCGUCUCAAUGCACCGAUUUACACGCUAGAGGGCACUGCACCCAACGACUGCAAGAGCUACUGGUGGUCGAGUCUGCUGUUUAUACAUAACUUCUAUCCACUAGAGGAAAGCGAGAAG